GUGUAGACGAAUUAAAUUCGUGUCGUCAGCAGCUCAUUCCCUGCAACUUACAUCGUCGGAGCCUUAUCCUGAGUCCACUCGCCUCACCGCCGUUGGCUUCUAGGCCCGCUGAUUCCGCUCUUAAUACUUUUAAGUUUACCAUUUUGCCUUCCCUGACUGAGUUACUACCUAUGCGGGCCAUCCCGCUCCAGUGUGGGCUCUAGGACGGGGCGCCACUCAAUGCCCAGCUCUCUGAUACUGGAGCCUCGGCGCUGGGUGCCGCGGCUGAGCUGUCAGCAGCGAGCGGUUAUACUAUGCUUGGCAGGGUCCCAGUCCGCGAGGGCGAGGGAUGCAAGCCAUAAGCGUAGCACUUCACGCCGGGGGAACCAGUCCCUAAACGGCGGCUCUCCUGUGUUCGAGAAGGCCCCCACCUUCCCGCUCUCCCUCGGCACCCACAACCCUCUCCCUCCAACCCCACUCAAGCAUCAACAACACCCACAACCCCAUCACCCCACCCCACAUCACCCGCACCAGCAGCACCCGCAGCCGCAGCCGCCUCCUCCCUCCCUAGAGCAGCAGCUCCGCGGCCUGCCCCCCCUGGA